AUGGAUAAAUAUUUUACAGGACCUGUUCGUCGUAUAAUCAGCCGUGGUCUCAGCUUCCCCCCAUUCAACCGCUUUCCAAGCUGGAGCUCCAUUAAUGGCGAGGAUCAGAGCCCCUUGCCAUCUGCUGGCAAACGACAGCGCGAAGAAGACGAGGACGAAGAGACGGGACCCUUGAAACGCGUCAAGAUGGACAUUGAUGAUGACCUAAAACCUGUGGCCGUCGAAUCAAGCGAAUCCCCAAGCGUUGAACGCAUUCGUCCUGGCGUAGAGGCUCUAUCCAUUUCCGCCAAAGAUGAACUGACGACACCACCACCCUCAAAUGGUCACGCUGGAAAAUCUGCCCAGUCCACUCCAACUUCGAAGAGAGGCAAAUAUCAGCGAGGACUGAAGGGUACAAGAAAGUCCACCGCUGCAGACAGCACACCGAGCACACCUUCCAAAACACGCUUGGGUCCAAAACGUCAACAAAAAGGUUCUAAAACUAUUGAAAAUCGACUAUUUGAUGCUUUGGUUAAAGUUGGCGCUGUUUCAGAGGAUAACUCUGAUGACCCAACCAAGGUUAACAUACAACGCGCAGCACGAACCGAUGCUGGUGUCCAUGCCGCGCGCAAUCUGGUGUCCAUUAAGAUCAUUAUGGAACUACCUGGCGUCACGGAUCUAGUCGAACACAUCAACGAACAAUUACCCCCAGAAAUCCGAAUCUGGGACAUUGUACGAACUCAAAACUCUUUUAAUUCACGAAUGGCAUGCGAUAGCCGAAAAUAUAGCUACUGCUUCCCUACGUAUAUGCUUAUUCCCCCUUCCCCUGAUUCCCCAGCAGGCAAGGCGAUUCGUGACAAUUCUGAUUCAUCAUACGAUUCAUCGCAGCACCCCUUCUGGCAAGAUGUUGCCAAUCAGAAAAUUAAGACCAAAGAAACCUUGCAUCGACUUCGCACGCAAUGGAGAGUCGACGAGGAAACCGUAAAUAGGUUCAAAGCGAUAGUGGCGAUGUAUGUUGGGACCCACAACUUUUGGAACUUCACUGUAGGAAGGGAGUUUAAAGAAGCAGCCUCCCAAAGAAACAUGAAAUCCAUCGAGGUCGUGCCCCCUGCUGUCUACGGAGAUGUAGAAUGGUUAAGCGUUGCGAUUCAUGGGCAAAGCUUCAUGUUACACCAGCGCAAAAUGAUUGCAUUGGCGAUUCUACUCACCCGUUCACAAGGUCAACCGGACAUCGUCUCAAACUUGUACGAACCGGAUCGUAUUCGUGUCCCUAAUGCGCCAGCAGCUGGCCUCUUUUUGGAGGAACCCGUGUUCGAAACUUACAACAAGAAGAUUGCCGUGGCUAAUGGCAAAUGGAAAGACGCUGCUAGUUCCGGCAAAAAAGAACAUGAAGAUGACUCCGAGCAUGCUCAAAACUUCAUCCGGGAGCCCUUGGACUACGAUAAACAUAAAGAGAAGAUCGAGGCCUUCAAGAACAAGCACAUUUAUGAGGUAAUGCAGACGACGGAAAAAGAGCAGGGAACGUUUGACGCUUGGUUGAACUCGCUUGAUAGUCACGAAGCUCGUCUGUUCUAUGAAGCCCGUGGCUUGCCAGUUCCGGAGGGGUUGGGUGUUCCUACCAAAGCAGGAAGCCUUAGGUCAGCAGCCUCGAAGAUUGAUGACGGCGACGAAAGCGACGAUGCCCUGACCAAGGGGAAGGUCAACUUUAAGAGCGCAGAGCUCGAAGGUUGA